AGUUGGUAUUUUUUUUUUUUGGAUAAAAUUAUAAAUAAUUCCUUAACGGUUACGGUAAUUUAUGAAUUGAAAAAUACGGCCGCACUGAUAUUAAUAGUUUACUUAACAAGUUAGUGGCAAGUAGUUUGUUGGGUGCUGCAUUCUAAAUAAGGACUUAAAUUUUUGAUUCAAAACAAUGUUAUCCUUGGAUUAUUGCCUCCACAGCUAUGGUGAACUGCCGCUAGAGAUUGUCUUACACAUAUACAAAUACUUGGGCUAUACAGAUCUAUUGGCAGCUGGCGCCACCUGUCACCGAUGGCGGAAUGCUUUGUAUCAAACAGAGUUUAUCGCACGCACUCGAGUUCGAUUCACCAAAGUUGUGUUGUCGGAUCAGCAUAGUCCUGCCGAGGAUCUGUUGAAAUGCGAACGACAAUUUCGUCACUUUCUGUUCGAGGAUGUGACGCUGGGACAGGUGCACAAAUUGAUGACUUUUAUUGGACGGUCUGCGCAUUCACUAAACCUGGACAAUGUGGACUUGAAUGACAAGCAAUUCUAUGGGCUGCUUCGGCUGCUGCCGCAUCUGGAAUCCCUGUCGGUGAUUCGUUGUUUGCCCUUAUUCAUGUCUGCCACAUUUUUGGACUCGAACUCUUGCGAUUUGGCAGCAAUCUCCUCACAUUUGGCCAGCAUCAGGGAGCUGACCAUAUCACAAAAUCGUUAUCUCACAGAUGCGUUACUAGUGCGCCUGACAGCGAUGAUGCCCAAUCUGCAGCUUCUAAAUAUGUCUGGCUGCCAGAUCUCAUUUCACAAUGCAAUCCAUCGACGUUUCUAUCCCAACGAACCGAGUGCACCGAGUGAAUCGGUGUUAACCUUUAAGUACAUAUUAUCUGUGCUCGUCCAGCAACGCAAGACGCUGCGCACUCUGGACUUUAGUCACACAAUCAUUGGACAUUCGUUGGCAGCUUUGUGUGACCUCAGCAGACCGGAUGAAAAUGGUGAACCUGGAUUGCAAUUGCAACGUUUGUAUUUGGCAGGUUGCAGGCAACUGAACGCUGCUACAAUGAAAGAGUUUCUCCACACGCAAUCACAAUUGAGUGUGCUGGAUCUGUCGGGAACUGUGUGCCUCAAUGAUGACUGCAUGGCGGCUAUAGUCCAGGCGAAUCCUCUUCUCAAGGAUUUAAAGAUUAAUGCUUGUGCUGGCCUUACCAAUGUGGGCGCAGCGCAUUUGCGCCACUUGCAACGUUUGCAGCGCUUGGACAUUUCCAAUUGUGAUGGCAUCAAUAGUGGGGGCAUUGUGGAGGGCAUUGCAAGUGAGGAGAACAGUGUGCUCUUGGAGCUAAAUGUCUCCUAUCUGACCAUCUGUGAGGAAGCUAUCAAAGCGAUAGCCAGAAACCUACACGAGUUGCGUUGUCUGCACUUGAAUCAUUGUGUCAAUGGAGUUACCGACGAAGUGUUGCAGCUCAUAAUCAGUCAACUACGUUGGUUACGCGAACUAUCAUUAGAAAGCUGCUGCAGAUUAACUGAUGCUGCCUUGACUGGCAUUAAUUUGUCCAAGCUGGAGCUGAAUAGAACGUCUUCCAAUGGUGACAUUUACCCACCGCCAGACAGCUUCUCCGGCUCAUUACAGUCGAUUAAAAUUUCGUUGCGCAGCAAGGCAGAAGAGGAAAUUGUGAGGGACGCCAAACGCAAGCAGGCUAUGAUUGCGGCAUAUGAGAUGAAUCUCAUUAAUGACGAAGACUUUGAGGGCCAUAACAUUCAAGCGUUGCGCGGUCUGCGAACCCUAAACUUGCGAGGCUGUAAUAAGAUAAGUGAUGUCUCGCUAAAGUACGGCCUCAAGCACAUUGAGUUGAAUAAGCUACUGCUCUCCAACUGCCAACAGAUAUCGCUAUUGGGCAUGGAAGCUCUGGUCAAUAAUUGUCCAUCCAUUGAGAUGCUUGACUUGUCCGAUUGCUACAACAUUAACGAUCAAGGCAUUAGGAUUAUCACAGAGAAGUUGCAACGCCUGCGUUCCUUGGACAUUAGUGGUUGCAGCCAACUCACUGAUCACAGCAUUGAUGCCAUCAUUGUGAAUUGUCAGUGUCUGCAAACAUUGUCCAUCUAUCGAUGUCGUCGCAUGUACACGGACAUUGAGGACCGCCUUUCCGGACUGCAGACAUUGCGCAACGUUUAUAUGGACAACAUUAAUAGCAUUGAGAAUGCCGAGAUCUUUCGCUUGAAGAAACGACUCGAUUGCUGAUAUUUUGCGGCAUUUUUCAUUGUAUUUGUGCUUUAUUAUUUUCAAUUGUACAAUUUUCGCUAGUCAAAAUUUAUUCUCCGACAUACGUUGCUUUUGCCGUUGUCUGGUUCAGUAUAAUAUAUAUACUACAUAUUAUUAUAUAGCGCACACAUUUGAAUUAUAGAUGCUAUCCCAUCAAUGUCCAACAAUUGACAUAUUUUAUAAGCUAAAUAAAAUUUACUUAGUAGCUGUGAUUUUUGCAAAAACAAAAAAAGAUAAUGCAACUUAAAAAAAAAAAUUAAAAGCUUUACUCGGCGUGUCGAAGAUAAAAAUUCCUGCAGAGGGAAAACAAUUUAAUAAUAACAACAAAUGUAAAGUAGGUACAAUAUCUAACAAUCUGUUUAUUAAUUGACAUUCAUUUUGUAUCUUUUCUUCCAAGGAAUCAAAGCUCAUUUAAUGUAAGUCAAGUGUUAGCAAAUAUUACACUAAUGUGCAGUUUGUAAAGUAGCAUUAAAAGUCAAUAAGGUAUAGUCAUUAUUAUCGAAACAGAUAAAUGUGUAAUUCCCUCUGCUAGGUAUAAACUCAAUGUUGUGUGACUUGUGUUAUAUUUUUGUAAUGUUAAUAUUUAUUUUUAUUUGUGUUAUUCAUGUGUCUUUAAUCAAAUAAAUAAAGAAGACUGUUCCGUUUGCCUUCGGUAAAAAUGAAUCGAUUUAUUUAGAGUUUGAGUUAAGAACAUUGUUUAUCUAUUUUGUUUCACAUUUUGUGUAUACAUUCUAGAAUCGUCAUCAUCAUUAUUGGAAAAGGUCCAUCAUAUACAUAUAUGUAUGUAAAAUAGAUUGUGUUCACUUAAAUGUAAUGUAUUUAUUUAUUAUAGACUAGGAGAAUAAUUCAAACAAGUAUCAUCAUAUCGAUAUUCAACCAUAUAUAAACUGCGUCCAUUGGCAUUCGUUUUAAAGUAGUUGUUGCCUGGCUUACAAAUAAAAAGAAUUGAAUAAAAUCAACUAUCCUCCGCCACCGCCACCUGAGAGCUCAUCCUCGUAUUGCUUGCGGAAGCAGUCUCCCACCGGGAAGAAGUCCCAGCUACGUUGUUGGUACAUGUUCCAAACGUAUGUUUCCUGACCUGUGUACUCCGUGUCUGGUUUAUUAAUCAAAUGCAUCAGGAAGAACAUGUAAUUGGCGAGAUUGUGCUCCUUCUGGACGUGCGUAUCAAAGCCAUGCGGUACUAUAUCAAAGAAGUCUUUUCCCAUGCCACAUAUGAAGCAAUUAGACUCCAUGUUGUCCUUGACCGAUUCCAAUUGAUCACGCAGCUCACCAAAGGCGUCAAUGAUCAAACCCUGGAUGAUAGCCAGCAGGAUGACAAUGACGAAGAAGAAGAAAGUGAUGUCGAAGAUGAUGCGGUAGACCUCAUAGUCAUCGCCAUCUGGAUCGCCAAUCUCAUCACCAAUACCACCGCCCGCUCUCACACCCUUAUACAAGUGGAAGACAAAGCACGUCAACAUGUCGUGGCAUUUCUUGUCCACCUCCUCGUCCUC